CUAAACCUAUGGAAACCAGACAGAAUUGAUUCCCUCUCCCUGAUCAGUAGGAAAUCCAGAAGAAACCUAUUGCCAGAUCCAUUACACACAACAACGUUUUUAACUUAAUUAGCUCUAUGUUUGUCGUAACAUUAUACAUAUAUAUAUAUAUGUUAAGACAUUCGUCAUUAGUCCACCUACCACAUAAAAACAUCGUAAUUUGCUAACAUUAAUUCUAGCUAUACAGUAGAAAGAUACUAUGGAAAGGAAAGCUAAUGAGGCAGCAGCAGCAUACGAGGAAUUCGAACCCUUCUGCAAAUGGCAACGCAAGCAAGAUUAUGACAUUCUUGAAAUCCAUCUCCAAGAAUUCAAAAGGGAACAGCUGAAAGUGCAAAUCAGCAAUUAUGGGAUCCUCAAGAUUUCUGGAGAACGUACAACAUCAGACGCCUCCAGAAAGACCAGAUUCUACAAGGAAGUUCCUGUCCCCGGCAGCAAAUACGACACACCUGCAAUCCGUGCAAAGUUUGUGAACGGCUGUCUCUACAUCACAUUGCCAAAAUGGAAGAACUCAGCCCCUGAUAUCACUGAACCCAAAAUGGAGCAAACCCCGAAAAGACCUGCAGAAUUGGCCGCCGAAGAUCAACCAAAGGCAUCACCUGAUCCAAAGGAGCAUGCAGUACGUAGUUCAGGAGGUUCAGAAUGUGAGUUUCAGAGCCGGAAAAGGGCGGAGUUGGGCCGAAGAAUGGGGAAGGUUGCUGUGAGCCUGGCGGCAACGGCUGCGGCGGUGGCGGUGCUGGUUGCUUAUGUUGUUUAUAUGUAUAAGGCAACCGUUGGUGAGGUUGAUGAUGAUUGAGUAUUGUGAAUUAAUUUGAGCUGUAAUUUGAAUAUGGCGUUCAUUUUUCUUUCUCUUUUAAAUCGCAUUGGGACCUUUGGUAUUGUACUCAGGGCCACCAGUACAGUAUAUAUGGACCUUUACCCGUACAAUUCUGCUAUCAAACUACUCUUAACUGGGCCUCGACGAUUUUCCGUAUCGGCCCAGAAACAUUUAUUGUGAUAGAUUUGAAUAUUUUAGUGUAGCACAUGGCCUCGCCUUGCAUAAAUCGACGUUUUCCAGUAUCGACCCAGAAAUAUUUAUUGGGAUAGAUUUGAAUAACAAAGUGUAGCACAUUGCCUCGCCUUGCACAAAAUUAGAUAGAGAAAAUUUUAGUCGGAUUUUAUUCGAUCAAAUUUGAACUAAUCAUAUAACAAGUACAAUAUUUAUCGUGUGAUUGAUAUAUAAUUAAAAAAAUAAUUAAUUACAGAACAACUAUAAUUUAAUUCGAACAAACCUAAUUCAGACAAAAACUUUCUAAUUAGACAGAAAGCAGAAAAAGAGGAUCAAGCAAGCAACCUUAGAUACAAACUUUAAUAGCAGUAGCCGUCCACCUAGAUAUUGAAAACGAUAAGAGAGAGAGAGAGAGGAGAGAAAUAUCGUAGCGCAAUAAAAGAUUCUUUAAUUUGUAACCAUCGGAUACAAUAAAACUUUUACUUUUGCCUUUCUCUUUCACAUGUAGUGACCGUAUCCCUCCAAAUACAGAAUUAUAAUAAUAAUACUUGAAACAGAAAGAAACAAUAAAAGCCCAAAAAUUAAAAUGCCCGGCUGGACAAAAGCCUACACCCUCCUACUCAAAUCAGCAACUCCCAGUUAUUC